AUGCCUUCCAUUCCCGGCGAACUGAUCCUCCAAAUCAUUGAUUGUCUCAUCCCCUCUACUUCACGCAAGAUAUACCCCCGGAGUGACCUUGUGACACAGACCUUGCUCAGUCUCACCCUGGCAUGCAAGCUCACUCACCACCCCGCGCGACGACUGCUCUUCCAGCACUGCCUUUACAUCGACUCGCGGGAGCGACUUGACCAGCUGUUGGAGCAAAGCGGUUAUUUUAGAGGAAACAGCAGUAUCACCACCAACGAUCAAGCCCAACAGUGCCCGCAAAUCCGGGCUUACUCGCUGUACCUGGCCCCGUUCCCGCCUGAUCAGCUCGAAGACGCCCACACAGUGCGCCAUGUUGAACGACUGCUCUCACAGGUCGGAGCUACCCUCCGAAACCUCAUCAUUAACAUCCCGCUCCGGUCCCUAUAUCCAGAAGACGACGUGCAAGGCCUGCGCGUGACCCUCCGCGCCGCGUUCGCCCACCUCCCCGCACUGGAAGAUUUCUGCUCCGUCCAGGACGAGCUCUACCUGAAGUCGUUGCCGCAGGAUCCAGAAGCGGGGGAGAUGAUCGAGGAACCCCCCGUAUGGCCCACUUGGCCGCGCCUGCGCCGCCUCGCACUGUACAACGCCUGCAUGGAUGGCGGAUUUGUAGAGUGUCUGCUGCAUUGCUCGUCACAUCUCACGCAUGUGGUUCUCACCCGACCCGAUUGCUACAUGGACGAGGCGCUACCCUCCGGCGUGGCGGAUCGUCUCCCUUGGCCAGGGUUGCAACGAAUCUUGGUCGUCAACACCAGGGAGGGCCACAUCCGCGACGCUCGUAACCGCGACGACUAUCUGCCAGCAGCCCUGGGGCAAGUCAGCUUUUGGUCCCGGCUGCACCUCGCUCAGCAGGGUACGAGGCAGAUCGAUGGCUUCGGGGAAGGGAUGGGUGGGGAGGCACUCAUAGCGUGCGCGGACGUGCCUAUAUCCUCGGGGCAGGAAGGCGGGGGGGACGAUGAUAUUCCUCUGUCACAGGAGUGGGUUUGCGCUCGGGCAGUGGAAGGAACAUUGUGGGAUUGCCCGGGAUUGCCAUAUACCGACCAGUAUAUGUGAAGGAAGUACAAUAAACCAACAGCAGAAUUCUCAAGUUUUUUGCUGAGGUAAUAGCAGCCUAGAAACUCGAAUCUCAGAACUCAGUCCAGUCUCCAGGCUCAGCACACGAUGCACCUCUUCGAGGCCUAGCCGCAAAGCAAGCAAGAGAUAAAUAGUGUCUGAACAAACAAAUAAACGGAGCACAGACUCGAUAUACUGCCAUGAGCUGCUAGAUC